UCUCUAGUAACAUCAUUUCAAGCGAAACGUCCUAAAAACAAGCCAUGAAUCAGUCGAUAGAGUCGGAGGCGCAUCUARGCAACCAAGUAYCCGAACCUCAAGUCUCCAGAGUGAUACGCCUGAUUCUUUACGGGGUCAUUUUCAUUUUGACAGUCGGGGGGAAUAUAUUGGUAUGUACCGUAGUCAUGAAGAAUCGAAAGCUCAGGAGCAUGCAACGAUUUUACUACGGGUAUUUCUUAAUGAAUUUAGCCUUUGCAGACCUUUCGGUCGCCUUUCUGUGCAUUCCCUUCACUAUAGUUUACUACGAAACGGGGGUAUGGCCGUUUGGAGUCCUAAUGUGUAAAGUUGUGCCUACGCUUCAGGUCACGAGCGUAAGCGCGUCAAUCUUUACGUUAACGGUGAUGACUUACGAGCGCUACCAGGCUAUCGUACGCCCGUUGAAAGCGCAGAUCUCAAAACGCAAGGUCUUUGCAAUGUURACAAUGGUAUGGUUGCUUGCGUUUUUUUCCGCCUCGCCGCAACUSUUUGCGUUCCAGUUUAACGAAGACGUAGAGAAGACGGCGUUUCAGUGCAGAGAAGUUUGGUCAGAGCAGAGUCAUCGACAAAUCUACACAAUGGUGUUGUUUGUUGGUACAUACCUUAUGCCCUUGAUGGUUAUUUUCCCAACCUACGUCAAAAUGAUGAUCACCUUAAAACGAUCCCAUUCCUUCAACAAUACCGACAAAAAACUAAGAUGGAAAAGUCUUCGAGUUCUAAUCGCCGUUGUAAUCAUCUUUGCGUCCAGCUAUAUUCCCCAACAUAUCAUGUUUUUAGCCAUGGAUUUUGGAAAGGGUUUAAGUUUUCCAUACUUCAAGAUCACGCUAAAUUAUUGUUAUCUUUUAGUGUGGAUCUCGAGUUGUUCCAAUCCGAUCAUYUAUGGGGCUUUGGACGACUACUUUCGUGAGAAAUACAAGAUUAUUUUACGUCAUUGCAUAGCAGUCAAGCAAUCGACGCAGAUUGUCUCACGCAUGACACUAUCCAAUUCACAAGUGGAUGUCAACCCACAAAAGACCACUAAAUCUGCACGUCUCACCUCGGYUGAAAAACAAUUGGGAAAGGGACACGAAUCCGAGAUAGAGAAACAACCUUUGAAAAUUGACUCAAACGUCGCUUUGAUAGAAAACUAAUCCAGAAAAGGGCAAGCCCGCGAGACACACCCUUACUCAAAAGCGGUUGGAAAGAUCGAGGGCAUAACUUAUGAAAAAAAGAAAAAAACAGGAAUUAAAGUGACUGAAACCUCAUGUUGAUUAUAACACUUUGCCGGAUGAUUGACGCAAAAAAGGCCAAGGCGGUGUAGCGGACUUCUAGUGGAGAGUUGGGAAAAGGGAGAGACUCCAAGACAGCGAUUCGGUCUUAAAAAAUGACAAACGUCAAAUAGAUUAACACUUUGGCAGGACGAGAGAAGGCCAAUAUUUAUGAGGAGUUAGUCAUGACAAAAUGUUCAGAACUCCAAGAUAUCCUUACGUCUUUAAAAAAGUCGUUUGAUAUUGGUCCUAUUUGCCAUUGACACUGAUUCGAUGGGGCAUUAUCCUUGAAGGAAUUUCGUUGUCAGCCCAUUAUAGAGUACUGCGACCGAACUGGGAUAUGGGAUAUAUGCCGAACAAUUCUUGAAUCGARAAUUUCAAAUAGACAUUUAAAGCUUUGAAAGAUAGCAACAACAACAGGCAAAACAAAAAAAGCAAKAUUUCAAACAAAAUAAACCUAAUUUAAUGAAAGUAAUAAGAUGGGUUUCGCGCAUUUGAUGAAAAACUGAUGUAUAUAUAAUYAUUAAGGAAUGAUAUUCCUGCAUUGAUGGGACUUUUGACUGAAAUCGGCUAUAGAUAUCAGUAUCACUGUGACUUGAGCUACUUUAUAAUAUCCUUUGUUUAAUUUCUGCUUAAAUUUGAUAAAUCGGUGCGAAAAUUUAUGAAAUCGAAGGCUAUGYAAAAAUGGAGAUCUUGAUUGACAUGUCAGAAAWAUCUUAUUACUGCAGGGUAAAUUUACAAAGAUUUUAAAUGGCGAUGAAAAAUAACUUUAAA